AUGGCGUUUCCCAGGCCGGGUGCACCGUCUUUCAAGCACGAAAAGAGCUUUCUGGAUCCGGACUUCGAUAUGUUCGACUGGCAUCCUCACUUUCUCUCAUGCGCCCGCUUUUUCUUAGACCAUGCACAGUUCGAGGGCCCUGUCCAGAACCUCGCAGCUUUCCUUAAUAUCCAACUCCCCUUCCAGAAGGCAGCUACGGCAGUAUACCACGCGGCCCUCGUAUCUUCCUCUCUCUCGGUCCACGGCGAACCGCCAUCCGGAGGCAGUGGUGGCAUGGGCGCUCCGGCUGGCGGCUCGACGUAUCCACCGAGUAGCGUCACUACACUGGCGCCAUAUGUCCGCCGGCUCGUGGCCACGGGCUUUGACUUCCCCGCCGUCAUGCACAGCUUUUUUGGCGACGACUGGAGAGCUGGCGUUGGGCCCCUUCACCAACAAGAGCGUCGCAAUUACCUCUUCGCCGCCAAGAGCGACAACUGGCUUCGGGUCAAGACAUCGUACGACAUGGGCGAGAGCGAGACGAUCCCUUUCAUCCGUCCUCUUCAGGGCGUCAGCGAAGAGGAGAUCAGCUCGGCCGAGGCGGCCUGGAGCGAGUGGCUUGCCAUGCAGGAUUGGAUGCUUGGACCUAGGGCGCCAGAGGCAGAGGGAGGGGACGCUUCAGGGGGAGCUUCUAACCGCCGCUCUAACGGGACGGCGGGUCUUGGGCGGAUGGGAAAUGGCAAGGCGUAUGGCGGCGGUGGGAGAGUCAACAUCAAGAAAGAGGAGAACUAA